AUGCCCUCUAUAUUCAAUGUGCACGUUCUCUCUGCGGUGAUGCUGGCCGCUCUGCUUCUCUGCGCUUCCAGCGCUCCGAUUGAAGACGGAAGUGUGGCAGGUGACUUCUCAGGUGAGGAGACGGAGGAGGCGGAGAUGUCCACUGUCAAGCCUUUUAAUAUAUGGAGGUCACACUUUGACUCAACUCAAGAAUACGAGAAAGCGUUUGAGCACCAUUUCCAGACUCUGGAGAAUCGCGAUCAAGCUUUGGACUCCCACACCCCCGCCUCUAUCCCGAAGCACUGCAAUAUUACCAAGUUCAGAAAGGAGACUUGUCUCCAGACGCUGGCCAAGGGUCUGCUCAUCUAUUCGGUUUUACUCAAGCACGUAGAGAAGGAGUACCGCGGCAGUUUGAACUUCUCCGACGCUCCGUCAAACAUCGGCACUCUGAUCGACCUGGCCGGCAUGGUCAAAGGAAAGAUGAAAAACAGCAAUCAAGUCACACCGCUGACCAGCAGUGAGGAGGAGCAGCUUCUCAAGGAGGUCAACAGCCCAGAUCCUUACCACAGCAAGUUGAACGCCUACAGCAUCCUGAGAGCCCUCAAAGCCUUCCUGAGUGAGGGGAAAAGAGCUGUUUGUAGAAUGGAAAAGCAACUGAACCAAUCAGCAGAUACCAGUUGUUAA